AACUCAUCCAAAACAUAAUUUCUCAUAAACGUUUACUCAUUACCCUCUCUCUCUAAAUCUCUCUCUCUCUCUCUCUCUCUCUCAAAAUCACACACACACACACAGUUUCUGCCAUGGCUAUCGCAGCAGCAGCUGUUAUCGUCCCUAUUGGCGUCCUCUUCUUCGUCUCCGGCCUCAUCGUCAAUCUCAUUCAGGCGAUUAUAUUUGUGACUGUACGACCGUUCUCGAAGAGCUUGUUUAGGCGGAUUAACAGACAGGUAGCUGAGUUGUUGUGGCUGGAGCUUGUGUGGAUUGUUGAUUGGUGGGCUGGAGUUAAGGUUAACCUGUACACAGAUGCCGAGACCCUGAAGAUGAUGGGUAAAGAACAUGCUCUUGUGAUAGCUAAUCAUAAAAGUGACAUUGAUUGGCUCAUUGGAUGGGUGUUUGCUCAGAGAUCAGGUUGUCUUGGUAGCACAUUGGCUGUCAUGAAGAAAUCAUCGAAGUUUCUUCCCGUCAUUGGUUGGUCAAUGUGGUUUUCUGAGUAUCUUUUUCUUGAGAGAAGUUGGGCUAAAGAUGAAAGUACCUUGAAGUCAGGCCUCCGACGUCUAAAAGAUUACCCUCAACCCUUUUGGUUGGCCCUUUUUGUUGAAGGGACUCGCUUUACUAAAGCAAAACUUUUAGCAGCUCAAGAAUAUGCAUCUUCAAUGGGAUUACCUGUUCCCAGAAAUGUCUUAAUUCCAAGAACAAAGGGAUUUGUUACUUCAGUGAGUGAAAUGAGAUCAUUUGCUCCUGCAAUUUACGAUAUGACGGUUGCGAUUCCCAAAGAUUCAACUCCGCCAACAAUGCUGCGCCUCUUUAAAGGGCAGUCGUCUGUGAUUCACGUUAAAGUUAAGCGUCAUUUAAUGAAGGACCUGCCAGAAACAGAUGAAGGUGUUGCACAAUGGUGUAAAGAUAUUUUUGUUGCCAAGGAUGAUAUAUUAGAUAAACAUAAAGAAUUAAACGCCUUUCCUGAUUCAGAACUCCAUGAAAUUGGCCGACCAUUGAAGUCUCUUGUGGUGGUUGUAUCUUGGGCAUGUCUGCUUGUACUCGGGAUCUUCAAGUUCCUGCAAUGGUCUAAUCUUUUAUCCUCAUGGAAGGGGCUCACAUUCACUGCAAUUGGGUUGGGGAUUGUUACCUUUUUAAUGCAAAUCUUGAUUCAGUUUUCGCAAUCUGAACGUUCUACACCUGCAAAAGUGGCCCCCACAAGGUCUAGCAAUGGUAAUGUACAAGAGAAACUGCACUGAGUACAACUUGGUUCUUGAUUCAUGAACAGAUGUGUGUAGUAAAUGACAGACCAGUAUGAAUGUCAUGUGGAUUUACCUUGUUAAUUAUUAUUAGCUUCAGUUGAAUUAUUUGUAACUGUUGACUGGUUAGUGGUUUUGUACGUUUCUGCUUCAUCUGAUAAUCUGUAGUUGAGACGUGA